UGAUUAGCUGGAUGGGGGGCGGGUUCAAAUACGAGUGGAAGCCAUCUUGAACGGCUGGUUGACAAGAGUCUCUCGUAGUCAGCUAAAAUUGAUUACACCUUUUAAACACCACAUAGGGAACCGGUUAUCUCAGUUAUCCGAGGGUUGGAGAAAACCUGAGUAAGGACGCGGCGGCUCAGUUAAGCUAAAUAAGAUGGCUAGCUGAACAGUCAGCCACUUCUUGAAAGCUUCUGAAGCACUCCUGGUGUCUUCUAUUCCAGAUAACAUUGGCAGAUUACACCUAUGCGAAGCCCUAAUUUGCUAAAGGAAUCUAUGCUUAGCAGUCUUCUAAAAAUUGAAAAGAGGAAUUUGUUUCUUGACACUUGAUGUCUGAGAAACCAUACCGUUGAAGAACCUGCUGAGGCAGAAGAUUUGGACACUUAACGUUUAGAUAAUUGUCUUAAAAGUAAAAGUCUAAAGAGGGAAGGAGAAUCUUAAGGUUUGAAGGCUCCUAGCAGAGUGGACUCACUUCAUUCAGAGACUGUAAAGAGGUUUCAUUGCUAUUGGAACAGAGAGGUUAAGCUACGUAAACAUGAGUACCGCCAGGACAGAGAACCCAGUGAUUUUGGGCUUGUCUAAUCAGAAUGGACAGCUCAGAGGCUCGGUGAAGCCUGCUGGAGCACCAGGUGGAGGUGGAGGAGGCCCUCAGCAACAGCAACUUAACCAGAUGAAAGGCACAAUCAACAAUGGUAAUUCCCAGCCAGCCCCUACAACUAACGCUGUCAUCAAACCUGGAGAUGACUGGAAGAAAAAUUUGAAAUUACCCCCAAAGGACAUGAGGAUGAAAACUUCGGAUGUGACUGCAACAAAAGGCAAUGAGUUUGAAGAUUAUUGCCUAAAGAGGGAGCUGCUAAUGGGAAUCUUUGAGAUGGGCUGGGAAAAGCCAUCUCCAAUUCAGGAGGAAAGCAUUCCCAUUGCACUGUCUGGAAGGGAUAUUUUGGCUAGAGCCAAGAAUGGCACGGGAAAGAGUGGAGCCUACCUCAUUCCCUUACUUGAACGCAUUGACCUGAAGAAGGACUGCAUACAAGCUGUGGUCAUAGUGCCCACCAGAGAACUGGCUCUACAAGUAAGCCAAAUAUGUAUCCAGGUUAGCAAACACAUGGGUGGAGUGAAGGUGAUGGCAACCACAGGUGGAACCAACCUACGUGAUGACAUCAUGAGACUUGAUGAAACGGUACAUGUGGUCAUUGCCACUCCUGGGAGGAUUUUAGACCUCAUCAAGAAAGGAGUGGCCAAGGUCAAUCAAGUGCAGAUGAUUGUUCUGGAUGAAGCUGACAAACUCCUGUCUCAGGACUUUGUGGUCAUGAUGGAGGAGAUACUGGGCUUUCUGCCCAAACAGAGGCAGAUUCUGCUUUAUUCUGCAACCUUCCCUCUCAGUGUGCAGAAGUUUAUGAAUGCCCACUUGCAGAAACCCUACGAGAUCAACCUAAUGGAGGAGCUUACACUGAAGGGUGUGACUCAGUAUUACGCUUAUGUAACUGAAAGGCAAAAAGUCCAUUGCCUUAACACCUUGUUUUCCAGGCUCCAGAUCAACCAGUCUAUAAUCUUCUGCAACUCCUCUCAGAGAGUGGAGCUCCUUGCCAAGAAGAUCUCCCAGCUUGGUUAUUCAUGUUUCUACAUUCAUGCCAAGAUGAGACAGGAACAUCGCAACAGAGUGUUCCAUGACUUCAGAAAUGGCCUGUGUCGGAAUCUUGUCUGCACUGACCUCUUCACAAGAGGAAUUGACAUUCAAGCUGUGAAUGUUGUGAUCAAUUUUGACUUUCCCAAGCUGGGAGAAACAUACCUUCAUCGCAUUGGUAGAUCUGGCCGCUUUGGACACUUGGGUCUAGCCAUCAACCUCAUCACCUACGAUGACCGCUUCAACCUGAAAGGGAUUGAGGAGCAGCUUGGAACAGAGAUCAAGCCCAUCCCUGGUAUCAUUGACAAGAGCCUAUAUGUGGCGGAGUACCACAGUGAGAGUGGUGAAGAAGUCAAGCCAUGAGCCAAUCAGUCCAUCCUCCAUUCCCCUAGGUACCUUUUUUUUCAUCCCCCACCUGCCCCCCUGCCCCAUCUUGGAUUUUUUUUUUUAUGUACAGUUUCUGUCUGUCUUCCUUUUUUGGAUGCCACCAUAAGGAAUGUGUAUUUUGAUCGGACGCGUUUCGGAAGAACUCAUUUGCCUUUUUAUAGGGCUCUGUGCUGCACCACCACAUCUGAAGACAUAAGCACCGGGAGGAAAGCAUGGGACCAAGUUGAGAAUAUUAAUGCACAUUGUGACGAUUCAUAUCCACCAAUGACACAAAGCCAGCACCGACAGACCCCUGUAUGACACCCUCCAUUCUCCAUGUUUUAUUUUGGAAGUUUUAACCGAUUUGUAUCAAAGUGCCUUAACAAGCAGUUCAACUCGUUCUAAAGUAAUAACCCUUCAUUAUCCUCCAUCUUGCUCACUUCAUACCACACACUUACAUUCACCUAAUUGAAAAGUUGUUACACUAAUUUAAUGUCUGACCACACAGGUGGAUGCAUAACUGUUUUUGUUUGGGUCAUCCGUUUGCAAGGAAUGGAGAUGAUUAGGAGGGAGGCUUGUCUGAAUUGUCUUUUUGCUGGCUUAGCUGCACUUAAGUCUGGCUGAUAAAUGAGGACAAACUUGGAUUUUCCAUGGACAGAGAUGCUGGAUUUUUUCCAAGAGACAGCCAGACUGUCUAGUUGCUUGUGAAGAAGCUUGUGCUUCUAAAAGACCCAGGCCCUUUCCUCUGUCUUCAGCAUCAGAACACUAAAAAUGAAUAAGCAGCCUCUCAACACCAUGAGUCAUGAGGAUUCCUGUUUUGGUGGAGUUUAAUUGGAGGGAACGCUUUUUUCUUUUUUGACCUGUGUUUCACCUUCCUAUGGAUGGCCAUACUUAAUUCUGCGAGAUGCGCAGCAGACGUGGGGCGCACCACACACCUUGUGUAUAUACCUUCAUUUUAAGAUUGUUUUAAACAAGUUCAAAAGGCUGGCUGACAAACUGCAAAGCUUUUUCCCCCUCCUUCUCUUGUUAGCACUGGAGACUGUUUCCUUAACUGUCAGUUUGUUUGAUCUGCAAUAUUGGCCUGUGACAUUAUUUAUAAUUUUAAAUUGCAGAAUUUAUUAGAACCUAAAACAUUUAAAUGACCUUGUGCAUGAAAUGUUUUUGGAGGCAGAGUUCAUCACUGAUAAUCUUUUAGCCCCUCCAAAUUUGAUGGCUAGUGCAAUUCUUCAAGGCUGCACUUAGACAAAGAUUGUUUAAACUUUUGCCCUCAUUCUCCUGCUACCAGUGUUAACAAGUGUUCAGUCUAGACAGAUGGCUUUGUUAAGCUUGUGCAUUUGAGUAAUGAAUUCUUUGUUGUCACCAGCCUUAACUUGUGAAACUGACUCUUGAGACACACUCGUAAGAUCUCCAGUUAUAGUGAGUGUUGUUAUUGGAAGAGAAAAUAUUAUCCUAUCAAGUAGUAGUACUACUCGCUGCAGUGCAGCUGAAUUGGCAGAGAAUUAGUUUUCUGGGGGAGGUAUUAGCUGUUACGUUGAUUUGUGCUCUUUAAGCACAGCUACAUCACUUCACAAAUGUUGGGUAGGAUGCAGUGGUUUUAUUUCCCCCCCUUUUUGAAGAAUGUUGGCCAAAUGCAUCAAAACGAACCAUCUGACCUAAAAUGUAGCAGGAAUUCAUUCUCUGUGCUUUGCAAGUUAGCUGGCUUUCCUAAAACCAGCUAACAAAAGACGCUUCGCUUAGAAACAACCUGAGCAGGUUGGGCUGCACUUAAUGCACAGAGAUGGGUUCAGGCAAUAACACUGACUGCACUGCUUUUUGUACACUCAUGAUGCCCAAAGGGGAGAGAAGUGUAUAUUGGUGCAGAACAUUUGGAAAAAAAAAUUGGCACAGAGGGGGAAUGGGCAUGAAGGAUUACAAAAUUACUGUUAGUCGGACUGCUUGUUUAAAAAAGAAAAAAAACCUGGGCACCUCAGACUGAGUUUCUGGCUUUUUUUUCCUGCCCUGUAUUGCUUUGAUAUUUUGGGCUUGGGUUACAUAUUUUGGGUUUUGUUUUUGCAUUUUUAUGUGACAUGACAGCCUCAAUUUGCAUCAAGGUACUCUGAUCAUUUGUGUGUUCAGCCAGAACCUUUUUGCAAAUGAGGUUCCCUUUAUCAUGGUGAGAUGCUCUCUUGACUUUUCUAAUCAAUGAGAAUGUAAUUGCACAUUUACUUUAAGCUCUUUUAAAAAGAAAACAGUGUGACAGUGUUGAUUAGUUAAAGAUUACCCUUUUAUUUCUCAUUGGUUAGGACUGUGAUCCCUGUUCUCUUAAUUCUGUCGUAGUCCCUCGAAAUACUUGCACAUCUAAUUUGGCUGUUUUGAAUGAUUGUUAUUUUUUUGGGGUGGGAGGGCUCUGUUUGUUAAAAAUAUCCAAAUUAAUUACGCAUUAGUUGAGUGAACAGGGAUCUAAUUGUACAGGCACUUGGCAGCUGUCUGUUUUUGUCAGCCCACUGGCACUAAGCACCACAGCAAAUGCUUUCAAGGCUAAAAUCAACAGCCCUUCAAGAUGCGGUGCAUAGCUGCCUUUGAUUGGAUGCUGCUUUACUGCCAGUGGCUGUCAUUGAGAACCUUAAAGACUGAGACAAGAGCAUCUUGCCCUAGAUUGGGUGACUAAUUGGAUAGUUUGUGUAACCAAAUUGUCUCAUUCUUCAAGGUCUUUUUAAAAUUGUGGGGUGGUUAAAUUAGUGCACUUGCUGCCCUGAUGCAUGUGUUCAUCCUCUCUUGAUAGUUGUGAUACAUUUACGAUGACACAGAUUUGUGUACAAAUUGGCCAUGCCAUCACUAAUCUGUCGAGGAGGAUAGGAUAGUCCUCAAGGAAUUUCUCUCAAAACAGAUGCAUCAGUAAAAUGGGGAGGAGCCUUUGGGCAUUAAUAUAAAAACAGGAUGACAUGAUGUAACGAUCCAAAGUUAUGAUGAUGGGUAUAAAAAAGUUUGAAAAAGUUGCCCUUAGAUUUGGAUUCUUUUUCUUUUUUUUUUUUUCAAAUGAAAUGUUCAAGUGGAGUACACCUUAUUUAAUAAGUAUCCAAAUUUAAGUGAAGAAUUUAAAGUCUGAGUUCAUUUUUUUUAUUAUUUGUUGGAAAUUUGGACAUUACCUAAUUGGCAGAUUUUUCAGUGAAGCUAAUUUUACAACUGACUUAAGUUUAAGAAUGUCAUGAAUAUUAUUGGGGACGUUUUGUUGAAAAUAAAGCUCACUGAAAUUUA